ACCGGCAUCAGGUCAUUUGGCUCGACAGCGGGCACCGCGUCAUCUGGCAAGGCAGUGGGCUCCGAGUCAACUGGUAUGACCGCGGGCACUGGGUCAGACAUUGGAUCGUCUGACCGGGACAGCGGGCAUCGGGUCACCAGGCAUCAAGUCAUUUGGCUCGACAGCGAGCACCGCGUCAUCUGGCAAGGCAGUGGGCUCCGAGUCAACUGGCAUGACCGUGGGGCACCGGGGCAGACAUUGAAUCGUCUGGCUGGACAGCGGGCAUCGGGUCACCAGGCAUCAGGUCAUUUGGCUCGACAGCGGGCACCGCGUCAUCUGGCAAGGCAGUGGUCUCCGAGUCAACAGGCACGACAGUGGGCACCGGGUCAUCAGGUACCGGAUUGUCUGGCUCGACAGCGGGCAUCGGGUCAUCAGGCAUCAGGUCAUUUGGCUUGCCAGCGGGCACCGCGUCAUCUGGCAAGGCAGUGGGCACCGAGUCAC